AUGAGCAACGGUGUAGAGAGAGAUCAGGGUUAUGUUGACUAUUCUGCAGAAGUAGAGGAGACUCCCGACAAGGAAGGGAAAACAAACGAAAAGUUUAUGUCAGUUGGCGCAUGGCAACGCAUAAAGGGUGGCAAGCCAGCCUUUCUUGUUCAGCUUCAUUUCCAUCUAAGCCAAGCCGCAAAUACAGGGCUGGAUGACAUAUUCUCGUGGCAGUCUCAUGGCCGAUGCUUUGUAGUGCACAGUCAAAAGCGAUUUGAACAUUGGUUUCGACAAACGAAAAUAUCAUCCUUUCAAAGGCAGCUGAACCAUUAUGGAUUCAAAAGACUGACAAAAGGUUUUGAUAGGGGAGGCUACUAUCACGAGCUUUUCCUGCGCACUAAGCCAUUCUUGGUCCAUCGUAUUAAACGCAAAGUCAAAAAGGGAACCGGUAGACAACCACCCGACAUGCCUAGGCAGGAACCCAACCUGUAUUUGUAUCCCUUCUUGCCACAAACGGUAUUUCAAGUUUCCGGCAGAAGAGCACAGAUUUCCGACAGUUCGGCUGGAUUCGUCACAACGACUAAACCAGAAAGUCAGGGACAAGUGUUGCCACUAAUCCCGGUCGAGGAUUCCCGCAGCUUGCCGAAGUUCGUUUCCGAAGUCUGCACUAAUAACCAAACGGUCCCGGUAGACCGCUGCCUUUCCACUAAAAUCCAUGACCAGAGUCUCCUGGAAGAAUCUGUCCGAGCUGUUGCAAACUCACGUUCUCUACCGCCGUUUGAGCGUGCCGUACCGUCUACAUUGGCACUAUCACAGGCGACGUAUGAUUCCAAUAUCCGCAUGUUGCUGUUGCUGCGGGAGGAACAGGCGCAAGCUGAAGCAUUCGAACAAACCAGAGUACAUCAGCAGCUACUGCUCGAAGCGAAUCUUCUCAUUGGUUGGCGUAGCGAAAGACAAUCGGUCUGGUUCGAAGAUGGAAAUUGCAACCGCGGACAUGAUUGUGAAAUGCGGCUUGCCAACGCUGCAGCUUACCAGCAACAGCUUUCACCACAAUCACCCUCGGAUCCCCAAAAAAUUUCGCUUCCCAAUUUGUAUCGAAUUUUGAGGCAAAAUGGUUAUUGA